ACCUCGACACAAUGGCAACCACGCUCAUAGUCGGAGCAUACGGUGCGAUAACAGACGCCACGAAGGAAACUCAGGAUCUGUGUGAUCAGGUGAAGACCCAAGUGGAGAAAAAGACAGGAGCGAAGUAUGUGGAAUUCAAAGCAGUUAAAUACAGGAAUCAAGUUGUGUCAGGAACCAACUUCCUUAUCAAGGUUCAUGUUGGAGGAGCGAACUACAUUCAUCUGGAGGUCUUCCGAGCCCUUGCGUGUAACGGAGGAAAGGUGUCUCUGACUAAUGUAGAGGCUCAUCAGACCAAAGACAGCCCCCUCCAACCUAUUGACCAAUCCCAGAACCAGAUUCAACAGAAAAAUCCUUAAAGGCUGCAGUCUCAUGUUAAAAUCUUCUGCUUCUUUAUUCUGAAAUGAUUUAACAUUGAUUU